AUGUGUGGCAUAUCCUGUAUUCUUGCCCUGCAGCAUUCCCAUCAUAAGCUUCCGGACCUUGCCAGUCUUAAGAAGCCUAUCCCCGGCGUCCAAACAAACGGUGAUACAGAUCACACAAAGCUCGCCGUAGAGCUUGAUGCUUCUCUUGACCAGAUCAAACACCGUGGACCCGACUCUCGCGGCCAGUGGAUCAGCAAUGACAAGCGCGUUGCCAUCAAUGACCUGUCGCCUGAUGGCAUCCAACCCUUCCAUGACAACGAACGCACCGUCCAUGCUGUCGUCAAUGGCGAGUUCUAUGACUAUGAUAACAUCCGCAAAGACCUUGAAGCCAAGACCGACUACAAGUUCCGCGGUCGUUCAGAUUCUGAGCUUGCCAUUGCCCUGUACAAGUACUACGGCCUCAACUUUCUGCAUCACCUGAGAGGAGAGUUUGCCUGUGUCCUCUUCGACGAGUCGCAACAGCUCUUGAUUGCAGCCAGGGACCGCUACGGCAUCAAGCCACUUUUCUGGACUGUUCAAGAUGGAAGACUGUUGAUAGCUGCCGAGAUCAAGGCCUUCUUGCCGCUGGGCUGGAGGCCUGAGUGGGAUGUCAAGAGUCUGCUCGACGCUGGCUGGAACCACGAUGAGAGGACUCUGUUCAAAGGCAUUGCCAAGUCCUUCGACCACAUCGAACAACGCCCAUAUUGGGACAUAAGCUACCCCGACAAGCAUGCUGUCGAUGUCCGAACUCCAGAAAACAUGAUUGAAGGUGUUCGCCAACGUAUGCUUGACGCCAUCAGACUACGACUCCGAGCCGAUGUUCCCGUCGGCAUCUAUCUCAGUGGUGGCAUCGACUCAUCAGUCAUUGCUGGAAUGGUCACACAUCUUGUCAAAGAGCAGGGCAUAGCCAUGGGCAGCGCCAACGCUACAGACCGCGUCUCGUGUUUCAGUAUUGCAUUUGACGAAGAGUCUGGUUUUGAUGAAUCCGCCAUCGCCAAUCGCACCGCCGAGUGGCUUGGAGUGCGCUACAUCAAGAAGCACAUGAACGAGCAAGAGCUUGCGAAACGUUUCGAAGAUGCUACCUGGCACUGUGAGCACCAUAAUCCCGACUUCAACUUUGUCGGCAAGUAUGCGCUUUCUGAGGUCCCUCAAGAAGUUGGAUUCAAGGUUGUCUUGACUGGUGAGGGAGCUGAUGAGAAUUUUGCUGGCUACCCUCUAUAUCUGCCAGACUACCUUCGUGAGCCCGACUCGAGUUGGGAAAAGUACAACACUCUGCCAGAGAGUGAAAGAGAGCAUCAGCUUGAUCUUGCAGAAACGGCAGCCAUCGACUAUUAUACAUCCGUGGGUGCUGACGUGUCAAACCGAGGUCCAUCUGUUGCGCGCCGCAUGCUUAACGACAUCACCACUGUCAGUAGUAUGGCGGCUUUCCAGCUUGACAUUUUUGCCCCCUGGACGAAUUGCUAUGGUGAAUGCGAUCCUCAAGUCACAAUCGCCAACAAUGCCGACGGACGUGUUCGUAAACUGAUCACCGAAUCUUGGCACCCUCUUCAUUCGGCGCAAUAUGUCUGGUCCAAGGGACACUUGGCCAACAUUUUCCUGACAUGUCUCGGUGACCGUACAGAGAUGGCGCACAGCAUUGAAGCACGAACACCUUUUCUUGAUCAUCCGCUGACAGAAUAUGUCAAUCAUUUGCCGCCGUCAGCCAAACUCAGGUGGGAUCCCGAAGCGAAGAAAUUCACCGAGAAGUGGGUUCUUCGAGAGGCAUCAAAACCUUUCAUCACAAAGGAGUUGUAUGAACGUAAGAAGCACCCGUAUUCUGCACCGACAACCUGGCCCAAGGGUGGUCCCUUGAAUAAACUGCUGGAUAGGUUGGUCAGUGAAGACAACAUCAAGCAAUUGGGCUUUGUCGAUUGGGAGAGGUGCAAGGGACUGACAGCCAAGGCAUUUGGUGACAAUGGUGACCCGAUGGCCAUGAGAUAUGCCAUUGUCGUGGCAGAAUGGGUUGUCCUGGGUCAGCGAUUCGGCGUCGCAACGGCCGAGAAGCCCAAGGGAUAUUGA